UCAAGAUAUAAUGACCACAUACAAUGAAGCAUAUGUGACUGAUAUUUGUUAUAUUAUAUAUUUUCCACUUACGAACGAUGGCGCAAGGAUUUUACGUCUUAUCCGGGUCUUUUCAACAUGGAUGCGCACAUGAAGUGCCCAAGGGCCUCUGCAGAAGCUGAAGUAAUUUUCCGUCAUAAAGUAUAUUGAAUAACGUCUACAGAGAUCAAAAUGAUUGGUGCACAGCAAUCUAUUGCUUGGGGGAUAUUUCUGCAAACUUUGAGAAGACCUUGCAUGAACCAAUACUGUAAUGCAUUUGUAAGGAUCUCUGCACUUAAAAAAAUGUAUUGCACAUCUACCGAUACCACAGAGGAAGGUAUUGUUGGAGCUGUAAAAUCCACUCACAUUCCAGUUAUGACAAAGGAAGUUAUUGAGAGAUUAAAUCCUGUGAAUGGCAAUAUUUAUGUGGAUAUGACAUUCGGAGCAGGAGGACAUACAAAAGAAAUUUUGAAGAAGGCUCCUCGUGCCAAAAUAUUUGCACUAGACAGAGACCUUGUGGCAUAUGAAAUGGCUAAGGAGAUGUCAGAAGAAGGUCCAUAUGAUAUAACACCUCUGCACGGCAAGUUUACUGACCUUCCUGCACUGUUUAGAGACUUGGGUGUGAAGGAAAAUAGCAUAGAUGGGUUCAUAUUUGAUGUAGGGGCAUCAUCUAUGCAGUUCGAUACAGCUAACAGAGGGUUUUCUUUGUCCCACAAUGGUCCUCUGGACAUGAGAAUGAAUGCCCAAGAUCCAGUCACUGCUGCUGAUGCAGUUAACUACUUAGAGUUUAAAGACUUAAAGAAAAUAAUAAGCAGAUAUGGGGAGGAAAAACUUGCUGAGAAGAUUGCAACAUCCAUAAUUGAGGCUCGACAAAUUAUGGGUAAAAUAGAAACAACCAAACAGUUAGCAGACAUUAUAGACACCGUCUUUCCAAAACACAAUUUAGACAAGUUAGAUAGACAUGCCCAUGUGGCAACAAAGACUUUUCAGGCUUUACGAAUAUUUGUGAAUGAUGAACUGAAUGAGCUAUACAAUGGCUUAGAAGUAGCACAGUACUAUUUGAAGCCAAUGGGACAUUGUGCAGUCAUUACUUUUCACUCUUUGGAAGAUCGUCUGGUAAAACUCCAUUUCAAAGGAAUUGCUGUUGAUGAAGAGAGGCACAAAAGUACCAGAGACUGGGCUAAGAAUAAUCCUCUGGAGUUUGAUGCGGAAGAAAUUAAGCAUUUAACUCAAAAAAGAUGGAAAAAUAUUGAUGGGCCUAUCAGUCCAUCAGAAAUGGAAGUGUCCUUUAAUCCUCGGUCAAGAUCAGCAAAGCUUAGAGCAGCCAGCAAACCAUAAGGAAAUAUCCAUCUUUGGAAAAACUUUUUUUACUAUACUGUUAUGUUCACAUAUUAGUUAAUAAAUAACCCUUUGUACCUCAAGUUCUCAACUUAAGUAUGAUUUUUUUCUCUUUCUUUUUUAAAAAGGCUUUUUUUUUGCCAAAAAGCUGUGCUAACCUUCGGUUUAAAAUCUCAAGGCUUAGUUGCAUUUGUAUGCACUGUUCUGGUCAGAAUAAAUACAAAUAAUACAAUGAG